CUCUCAGCAGGUAUAUAUACCUCCCGGCUCCAAAAUGCAAAAACACACUCGAGAGGAGAGAGUAUAACUGCAGAAGAUGAAUAUUACCAACAGAAUGUGGUUUUCUUUGACUGUGCUCCUGCUGGCUGCAUGGGCCUGUCUGGCAGAUGUGCCUCACACUAAAGAGAGGAUGAAACGCUCUGUGUCAGCUUCCAAGGUAGCAUCACUCCGUUCCAGGCGAAUGAUUGGGGGGACUCUGGCUCCUCACGUCCCCUGGCAGGCCAUGGUUUACAUUUCUGACAGUGUGCUGGACGGAGGCUAUGCAGGUGGUGCUCUCAUCUCAGACCGCUGGAUUUUGACGGCUGGCAGGAACGUUUUUGUCAGGAAAAGUCGACAGGACAUUCAGGGAAAAUAUCCCAUCAUUCCUAAAGUGUACCUGGGAAUCACACACCGGUCAGAAGCUGAUGUCUCCAAAGAGGUCGCUGUAGAGAAGGUUGUUCUCCAUCCAGGCUUUCAGAACCAGUCUGACUGGGACAACGACCUGGCUCUGAUCCAGCUCAAGGAGCCUGUGGUUAUGAGCGAUAAAGUGACCCCCAUUCCCCUGCCAGAGAGAGGCCAGGACCUGGCAGGCAUUGUGCGAGGGUCAGGAGUCAUCACCGGCUGGGGCUGGGGGGUCUACCUCACCCUUGCCACAUCACUCAAACACCUCGUACUCCCCUUGGCCAGUCACUCUGACUGUAAGGCAGAAUAUGAACGUAUCGCGCUCACACCAUCUGUAGACGACAACAUGUUCUGCACUGGAACCGCCAAGUUUGGGGAAAAUGUUUGUUUUGGUGAUGCAGGAGGCGCUCUGGCUGUCACAGAUGCUGAAACUGGGGACAUUUACGCUGCAGGGAUCCUUUCCUAUGACAAGUCCUGCAACAGGUACAACUAUGGAGUCUAUAUGAAGAUUUCCUCAUAUUUGCCCUGGAUCCACAGAGUCAUCAGAGGAGAUACAGAGAAUUCAUCCGCUCUGCGCUCUGAUGCGAUGUCUAAGAUGUACUCACGGCAGCCGUAAAGCUUCAGGCUCUGUUCUUAAGAUUUUGUGUUUUCAAUAAUACACACAAAUUGUCUUCUAAAGAAAAACAUCACCAGUUGUUUCAGUAUUUCCCAAAACAACAUAUGUUUAUGACUUUUAAGUUUAAGACUUUUGCCUGUAGAGAGUAAGGAAGGAAAUGUCACAUUGUAAUCUACCAUUUACAUUUUUUCUACAACUAUUUCUGUCACUUUUAAUACAAAUGAGUACCACACUAUGAUUGCCUUCCAGGUAAGACUGUUACCACGCUGUUAUGCCACUUACUGGGUCUCCCCUCUCUCUAUGAUGGCUGGUAUGUGGCAUAACGGCUAUAAACACUCUUUUCGAGCAUACAAUGACAUUUAAUCCACAGGAGUAAGACUGAAUGGGUAAACAAAAUGUUGGAUAGGAAUGUAUCAGGAGAGGAGUAUCAGGACGCUGCUUACGGGGACAUCUAACUCUGAAUUAGGGGUUAAUUUUGACUAAACCAGAGUUAAUGAUUGUUGGAACAGCGGAUAGACAAACCAAGAUAGUUUUGGUGAGUUUUGUUCCUGUCAUAUUGGACUGAAGUUUGUUUUACGAUGAUAUGCGAGGUAAAAUUACUGCAUUUAUCAAUGGAGUCUGGUGGAGAGCAAUACACAGCUGUUUCUGGUUAAACAAAAAAGGAUCUUACUAUUUCACAGAUGUGUGGCGGACCCUUAGAAUGACAACGUAACUUGAUCGUGGACAAUUGCGUGGAAGGAUUACAUUUGCAACCAGCAACUCACUUAAUACUGUAACAAUUUAAAAAACUUGUCACUCAGACACAAAAACAUCAGAAAAUAGGGUCCAGUUUAAAAGUAACCCUUUAACUUUGAAAAAAGAACUUGAGAGCUUCAAAGGUUGAAACGACAUUUCAUCAUGUGCAGUCAUCAGCGUGAAAGCAAAAGUUGACGAUGGAAUAAAAGUG